CCCAGCCUGAAAAGAAGAGGGGGAAACAAAACCAAAGACAAAACAACAGUGUUUUUUGUAGUGAAAGUGGAUUUUAAGGAUACUCUGGAUACUUAUAGAGAUACUUGAGGGUUUGUUUCCCGUCCUUUUGGCAUUACAAAGGUGUGAGUGAGAGAAGUGGGACUGUCAGAGUAAUGGGAGGAGCUGCAGGGUUCUCCAUGUAUGGACUCUCUUCAUAUGGUAAAUAGAGGGUCACAUGGGGCAAUAGUCUUGGAGCAGUGGGGGGAAAAGGGAGGGAAAGGAACAAGGAGAGAGUGAAGACUACACACUACAGGACUUUGGCCUGCCUCACGUCUAUGAGAGAGCACUUUCACCCUGACUUUAGAGGACACUGGAUCACACAACAAAGAGAAAGGGAAGAAAAGAGUUGGAGUGCCAUUUUGUGGUCAAUCUGAAUCCCCAGCUUUCCUCACUGAGGCCCUUUGUCUUCCACUUGACAGGAUUUUUUUUCCCUUUCCCUGUGGGGGUGAAAGUUCAACAGUGAGUGCCUUCCUGGUUGUUGUCACUGGACACCUCUUCAUACAUUCUUCCGGACAUUUGAAGAGCCAAGAUGCCUACCUUCACUGUAGUGCCGGUGGAGGAUGCGGAGGGUGGCAGCAACAAUGCGGCUGCAGCUGAAGGCAGUAAACCGGUCAGUUUGCGCAAACUGUUUGUGGAGGAAGAGGAUGAGAACUCCCAAGGAACCCACUCAGGAGAUGACAGUCAGAGAGAGUCCAGUCCAUUCAUCAAGUCAGACAAUGACAGAGAACCCUAUUACGAAGGCAAGAACAUGGCCCUGUUUGAGGAGGAAAUGGACAGUAACCCCAUGGUAUCAUCCCUUCUCAACAAGCUGGCCAACUACACCAACCUGACCCAGGGUGUCCGUGAGCAUGAGGAGGCUGAGUUUGAGGACGGGGUCAGGAGAGUCGCUGUAAUGACCUUGCUCACAGCCAUAUCAAUGAGUGCCAUAGCAACCAAUGGAGUUGUCCCAGCCGGUGGCUCGUACUACAUGAUCUCCAGAUCAUUGGGUCCGGAGUUUGGAGGAGCGGUGGGUCUCUGCUUCUACCUCGGAACCACCUUCGCUGGAUCCAUGUAUAUACUGGGCACCAUAGAGAUUCUGCUGACGUACAUUGUUCCAACAGCAACAGUGUUUAAAGGAACCGACGAUGAAGCAAGGCUCAACAACAUGCGUGUUUAUGGCACAUGCUGCCUGGUCCUGAUGGCGUUGGUAGUGUUUGUAGGGGUGAAGUAUGUGAACAAACUGGCUCUGGUUUUUCUGGCCUGUGUGAUUCUGUCCAUCAUGGCCACUUAUGCAGGAGUAAUCAAGACGAUGAUCGAACCACCAGAAUUUAAUGUCUGUCUGUUGGGAAACCGAUCUCUAAGCAAUGAAAAGUUUGAAACAUGCGCAAAGACGCAGAUUGUGAAAAACCAAACUGUGACCACUAAGCUAUGGAGCGUCUUCUGUGACAGUGAAUACCCCAACGCAACCUGUAAUGAAUACUUCACCUCAAACAACCUGACAGAGAUACAGGCCAUACCUGGGCUCCUGAGUGGAGUUAUCAAAGAAAACCUGUGGGGCGACUACGGUCCAGCUGGUAUGUACAUAGAGAACAAAGACCAGCCUUCUGUACAACUCCUGGACACGCCUAUAGACACAGAUAAGCCCUAUGUCUUCAAUGACAUCACCACCUACUUCACUCUGCUUGUGGGAAUAUACUUCCCCUCUGUUACAGGUAUAAUGGCUGGUUCUAACAGGUCCGGUGAUCUCAGAGAUGCCCAGAGGUCCAUUCCAAUAGGAACCAUAAUGGCUAUUCUCACCACCUCUUUCAUUUACAUCUCCUGUGUGGUCUUGUUUGGAGCCUGUAUUGAAGGAGUGGUGCUGAGAGACAAAUUUGGUUACUCGGUAAAGAAGAACCCAGUAAUUGGUAUUCUGGCCUGGCCGUCACCCUGGGUGAUCGUGAUUGGCUCGUUUUUCUCCUGCUGCGGGGCGGGACUUCAGAGCCUCACUGGCGCUCCCCGGCUACUGCAGGCCAUCGCUCGGGAUGGCAUCAUCCCGUUCUUACAGGUCUUUGGCCAUGGGAAGGCUAAUGGUGAGCCAACCUGGGCUCUGUUGCUGACAGUAGGGAUCUGUGAGAUAGGAAUCCUCAUCGCUUCUCUGGAUGCUGUGGCCCCCAUCCUCUCCAUGUUUUUCCUCAUGUGCUAUCUGUUUGUUAACCUGGCCUGUGCUGUUCAGACUUUGCUCUGUACCCCCAACUGGAGACCUCGCUUCAAGUUCUAUCACUGGACCCUGUCUUUCUUAGGGAUGAGUCUGUGUCUAUCUCUCAUGUUCAUCUCCUCCUGGUACUACGCCUUGGUUGCCAUGGUGAUAGCCGGCUGUAUCUACAAGUACAUUGAGUACAAAGGGGCAGUGAAGGAAUGGGGAGACGGGAUCAGAGGUCUGUCCUUAAAUGCAGCACGCUAUGCUCUCAUCCGGCUGGAAGAAGCACCACUGCACACCAAAAACUGGAGGCCUCAGCUGUUGGUGUUGUGUAAGUUGGACUCGGACCUGUCAGUGAAACACCCUCGCCUCCUGUCCUUUAGUACACAGCUCAAAGCAGGAAAGGGACUGACCAUCGUCUGUUCAGUCCUGGAGGGAACCUACAUGACCCGGGGCAAUGAGGCCAAGACUGGAGAGCAGAACUUGAAAGCAGCCAUGGCUUCAGAGCGGAUGAAGGGUUUCUCCCAUGUGGUGGUAUCCUCAAACCUGCGUGAUGGUUUCUCCCUGCUCAUCCAGUCAGCAGGACUGGGAGGAAUGAAACACAACGCUGUCCUGAUGGCCUGGCCGACAGGUUGGACACAAGCCCGGGACUCCUCCGCAAGGAGGAACUUCAUAGAAACGGUAAGAGAAACGACGGCAGCUCAUCAGGCUCUGCUGGUUGCUAAGAACAUCGACCAUUUCCCCAGUAACCAGGAGCGUCUGAAGGAGGGAACCAUUGAUGUGUGGUGGAUCGUACAUGAUGGUGGACUACUCAUGCUGCUGCCUUUUCUACUGAGUCAACACAAGGUAUGGAGGAAGUGUAAAAUGCGAAUCUUCACGGUGGCCCAGAUGGACGACAAUUCCAUCCAGAUGAAGAAGGACCUCCAGAUGUUUCUCUACCAUCUACGCCUGGAUGCAGAGGUGGAGGUGGUGGAAAUGCAUGACAGUGACAUCUCAGCCUUCACCUAUGAGAAGACCCUGGUGAUGGAGCAGAGGUCUCAGAUGCUUAAACAGAUGCAGCUGUCCCGCACUGAGAGGGAGAGAGAGAUUCAGAGCAUCACAGAUGUAUCGCGUGGCUCCAUAAAGCGGAAGAAGUCGCCGGGUGCUGUCGCCUUUUCCCUCAACACGCCUUGCAUACCUGAGGAUGAGGCCCAGCUGAUCCACGACAGAAACACAGCGUGUCAUUCUACAAUGACUGACAAAGCUGCUGGUGCCACACCAGAUCGUGUCCACAUGACCUGGACCAAAGAUAAACUGGUUCACGAGAGGAACAAACACAGAGAAGGCAUGGGAGUCAAAGACAUGUUUAAUAUGAAACCUGAGUGGGAGAAUCUCAACCAGUCCAACGUGCGGCGGAUGCACACAGCCGUGAAGCUGAACGAAGUGGUGGUCAAGAAAUCCCAGAAUUCACAGCUGGUGUUGCUGAACAUGCCAGGCCCACCGAAGAACAAGAAAGGGGAUGAGAACUAUAUGGAGUUCCUGGAGGUCCUGAUGGAUGGCCUAGACCGUGUCGUGUUGGUUCGUGGAGGUGGUCGGGAGGUCAUUACCAUCUACUCCUAGUGCCAGGAGUUCUUAAUCGUUUGGAAGGGCACUGGAAAAAAACACUCUUGGACAGUAGGACAGGGAGUUGACAGAGGAGGGAAAUGGCUUUGAGAUGGACAAAGAUGUUGGACAGAUGAAGUAGAGGUUGCUCCCUCUCAUACUGCCAGGAGGAAAACAGCAACAGUGCCACUUACCAUUUUGGAAGGCCGUGGUCGAAGGGAAGGACAGGGGAGUUUACCUGCAGUGCAGCCUCAGUGGGCUCAGAGGUUCUCUCUACACCCCCUCCUCCUCCUCCUCGGGCUCCCUAACUCCGCCACAUCUGUACACUGUACAGAUGAAUGUACCGCUGCACUGUGGAGACGUUCUCCCCUCAGAUAAACUUUGUAAGAGCAGUCAUUUCAAUUUAACAUAUUUCAUUGCUUCACCAGGCACUUGUUGGAGGAAAGAACACCAACUACAGCUGGUUGUCAUUUUUAGCAUUUCACUGAUUGUAGUUUCAAUGAGGAGUGCCAACAUAGCUGACAGUGCCACUGAUGAAACUUUCCACUGAUUUAUAACAAGCACUGACUUUGGAAUCAUGGGAUGAGUUGAACAUGUUUUUAAGCCAUUAUAUCUGACAGAAUAUCAUGUAUCACAAAAUAAAGGCCCAUUGAGUCCUGUCAGGGCAGUUAAAGGGCAAAUGUGGCAAUAUUGAUUGUAAUCUAUAGAUUCUCUUGAACAUUGCUUAUCCACCGUUUUUGUUGUCACAGAUAACAUUAGUGUGCCAUAUGUGAUGAAAAAGUACCAGAUAGUAAAAAUGCAACUUUUUUAGUUGAUGAUUUUUGUGUUUGAGGAAAACGUUACAGUGUGAGUGUGUGUGUGUGUGAGCUCAGCUCUUAACCUGCCAGCGUGCACUGAUGAGGAAAACUGAGCAAUGUGGAGCCUAUGUAGUAGUGUUUUCAUUUAAUGUGAUUUCAUAUGUUUUAAGCACAGAUAACUUUAGCUAUGGGACGUUUGUUCAUGAAAAAAGACACACAUAAUAAACAAACCAAAGAAAAAGUUAAUGUCUUUAAAAGACACUGAGUCCAGAAAUACUUAUGUGUUGCAUUGCUAUAUAUGUUUCCUGUGUCCCUGCAGAAUCAUAAAGGUAUAAUGUGAAAGAGAAGUUGUUAAUGCUUUCGACUUGGACACAAUAGCCUGCUGUGUUUAAUUACAUCAUAUAAGUGAUAUGCUGACCGUGAUGACGACAAUGGACCUCAGGCAAGAAGCAAUAUACAAACAAAUAUUCUCUUAUCUUUGUUCAUAUCCACGAUUUGUUUUUAUUUUGUUUGUAUCCGCUGACUUCUAGGAUUGUUUUCUUAUUUUUGAUCUUCUUUUAGGUCAGAGAAAGUUUUAUGGUGGUGGCUGAGAGCACUCUAACAAGAUAAGAAAAAAAACAUCCAGUUUUCACAGUCACAAAUUUUUUGUCUCAAUAUCGUAUAAUAAGAUUAGAUUUUAUGUUUCAGAGUAAUUAUAAUGGCGGCAUAUUAGAUUUGUGGACUACAGAAAUACUAUUGCUCCACUUGUU